GUGAGAUCGAUCGAGGGAAACUAAGGCGGAUGGCGGUGGCGCUGACGAUAGACGACGGCGAUUCGCCGGAGAAGAUGAGGGAGAGGAUGAUAACAGAGAAUCCGGUCGUGGUCGUUAGCCUGAGAUCGUGCUGUAUGUGUCAUGCGAUGAAAACAUUGCUUUCAACGGUCGGCGUGAAAGCGGCGGUGAUUGAGUUGGAGGAGACGGAGGCGAGCUCCUCCGGCGGGUAUAUGCAGUCGGCGACAGCGCCGGCGGUUGGGAGUCCGGUGUUGUUCAUCGGCGGCGAGGUGGUCGGGGGGAUUGAGCGGCUUAUGGCGAUGCAUCUGAGCGGGCGGCUCGUGCCUAGGUUGCAGGAGGUUGGGGCCAGCUUUCAAAAAUAAUUAGAGGGAGAAAUUUGAAAAAAAAAAAUUAUUAUGUAAAUCUUU